AUGAACUCCUUCUUCUGCGAAGAUACCAAGGAGGAAGAACAGCUCCUCCAGAAGAUUAUAAAAGUGAAAGAAGAAUCCUUGCCCAAAGUCAUUUUCGAAAUUGUAACCAACAAAUGUUUGUCCAGGAGGUCAAAGGGGAAGGAAGAGAAGGUCAAAGUGGAGCCCCACUUGUCGGCGCACUCCCUCUUCAGCCAUGAAACCCAUGAUGGGUGGAGUGACCAGACAUAUGUGCCAAACAAAGAGGAACAAAAUAAAACUCAAGCUGCGAAUGGUGAUAAUGCGAACGGUGCAAAUGUGAACGCACAACUACAAGCGCAUGUUUUCCCCUUCCAUCUUAAAAAAAAUGGGCAUGUCAAUGCAGACACCUUUUUUAUACCCUACAAAAGUCAUAACGAUAAGGAUGUGAUAACGGAGUACACGUAUAGCUACAGCUACUACGAUGUGUACACUCCUAAUAUUGAAAACACAAACAAACUCUUUAAUGUGAAUAAUGAUCAGUUGUGUGAUGUUGCACCAGAGGGGGGGGAGGCAGUGAUUGGUCAGAAGCACGUUAAAGUGAAACAAGAGAAGGAAGAUACAGAAGAAGACGAUGAUGAACUGCCUCCGGAAGGGUUUGCUGAAUGGAGCAUACAAAAAAAAAAUGAGACAAGGGAAAACGAAAUGGGGAAAGAGGUUCCAAAGGAAGAAUCACCUUCCCUUACAAAUGCAAACCAAACUUGUACAGAAAAAAAUAUGCAAAAAUUCCUUGUCCAUUUUAGGGGCAGAUUGUUCAUCGGAUGUAAUCUCAUCUAUUCUCACUUCAAGUGUAACACAUUUUUAUGUACCAUACAGAGUAAAGAAUUGGACCCAGGGGAGAGCACUUCCCUCAGAGAAAACGACCUACAAUUUGUUAAAAAAGAAAUACAAACAUACAACUUAAUUAAUAAUGCUAUAUAUUGGAAGCAGGAUGAAUACCCAGAUGUGUCCGACCCCAAUAUUCAAAAGUUUCUCUUCUUGACGGUCGUGCCGGCGCUGUGUGAUUUUGAAGAGGAGGGGGAACAGGCAGCCGACGUUCUCUUCUAA